UAUUUAUUUUUAGAAUUCCCAUCCAGACAUGGUACAGAUGAUACCAUAUAUUCUACCCUUGCUGUUGGGUAGAACGUUUGAUUUAGACAAAAUGCAAGUUGGUGUCGAUAUAUUUCCUAAGGAAGUAAUUUCGAAGCCUGUGCUUAUCCAGAAACCCAUCACAGAAACGCAUUACAAAAUUAUAGACAACUCCGUAGAAGCUCGCGAUCUACUAGAUGUAGAAGGUUCUUUUUCGCUCAAAGUCAAAGCGGGGGUCUGCAAAGCCGGUGCUUCAGGUGCUUAUCUUGCGGACACUUACAAUCGAGAGAACACUGUAGAUGUGGCCAUCAAAGCUAGCUAUGAAGUGGUGACGGAACAGCUUCCGGCAAAUGCAAAACCCUUCGACACAUGGAAAUCCUUGGGAGGCGCUCUGGGGACUCACUUCGUCCGUAGCAUCACAUACGGAGGUGAACUUCUAGCCUCGGUUCGGAUGGAAUGCAACAGCACUCGCGAUAAGCAGAGAAUAAAAGGUGCCUUCGAUAUAGGAGGGAAAUUAGAAAUAUUUGACAUUGGCGUAGAAGCUGAAGGAGAAUAUUUGAAAGAAGUUUCGAAAUCUGUGGAAAAGACUCAGAUUAAAGUAUUCAGCUCUAUACCUCUGAGCCAAGCUCCUAACGACAUGAAAUCUCUUAAAGCAGCACUCAACAAUUUCCCGGAAGAUUUGAAAAAGUUCAAUGGUGGCAACGGAAUUCCUUUAAAGAUAGAGCUUUGGCCUCUCGAUUUCUUAGACUCUACUAGGCCUGCUUAUAUCAAAAACAGGGCCCUGGAAGCGAACUUAGAUUUCUUCGAACAAAAAUUUGACGACCUAUUGAAUACGAAGCAAGCCAUUUCUGAAUGGAUGAAAGUUAUGACUCAGCCUCUCAGUGAAGAGCAGGAGAAGAAGAUCGGGAAUUUUUACUCAGAAAUCCAGAAAACUAUCCAGCCAUUUUACAAGGUGAUUGGAGAUCUUGACAUGUCUAAGGGAAGUGAACAGCUGAAACCUGCCAAUGAUGCUUACGGAAGUGGCGUUCCAGGAAUGUACUACAAGAAAUACUUAUUGUUACGGCAAGCUGUGGCUAAAGAUCAAGGGGAAUGGACUAGGAACCGUGGGCGUGGUGCAACUUACAUCCAUUGGGGUAAACAGAAUUGCAUUGAAGUAGCAGAUAAGAUGUCAGACGGCAUAGUUGUAGGCCCACAGAAGAAUGGAGGAGGCUCUAAUUUUAUAUGCUUGUCGAAACUUCCCAAGACUGGGACUUCGUCACCUGACCAGAAUAAUGCUGCCAUCCUUCAAACUGAAGACUAUACGCUGUAUCAGUUGCCAUUUCUUUCCAUUUUGACAGAUACUUCUUUUGAGUUUCCCAAGGAGCAGAGAUCUCGCUUCUAUUGUUCCACUUGUCGACUGGGAGCAAGAGGAACAGUGCAGACAUUCGUCGGAACAUCUGUGUGUCCCAAUGACUGGGAACUGAUAUACGAAGGAAUACUUAUGAGUGGAUCUCAGGACAGCAUCUCGACAAUUUUUAUUUGCUUAGACAAGGAUCCUGUCAUCGACAGGGAUACAACGUCCUCCAGUCCGUUAGUUCCAGACUGGGCAACGAGCACAGAUGAUCAAGCCAAAAAGAAACUGCUAUUCUCUUGCGUGGUUUGCACUAAAUGAGAAAAAAGAUGUUGAAGAAUUUUAGAAAUUACCACCUUUGUAUUUCAGAUCAACAAAAUUAUAUUUCUGUUGUAAGAGCAUCCUUUUUUUACUUGCUGAAAUUCCUCGUUAUUGAAACUGAAUUGUUAGAUUCUGUUUAGUGAAAUGCAUAUUUUGCAAGUAUUAAAUUCGUUUAUAAAACAUA